AUGACUGGCCUCAUGGAUCCCGAUCGGCGCCCCUCCGCUGCCCACGAUGAGAAGACCUCACGCAUGGUCCUGGCGCCAAAUGAAGGCCUCCCGACGAAUUGUUCGGAUACAAACCGCCAGAGGUUUACCGGAAGAUGGCAGGCAAAAUGGAAGAGCUUCGAAGGACUCAUGGCCGAGUACAGCGUGGAGUCGAGAGGCAUACAACGUGUAGAACCUGACGAGCGCCACAACCUACGCCAGCUCGGCUAUUCUCAGAUCGCCAUGCUGUGGAUCUCAAUCAAUCUGGCCGCGAACAACAUCACGCUGGGUAUGCUAGGCCCGGCUGUGUUCGAGCUGGGAUUCAUGGAUUCAUGUCUCUGCGCUGUUUUUGGUAUGCUGGUUGGAUGCCUACCGGUGGCUUACAUCGCUACGUUUGGUCCUAGGAGCGGAAACCGAACUAUGAUAUUCUCUAGGUAUAUCAUGGGCUGGUGGCCAUCGAAGAUCGUGGUGGUUCUCAACCUUAUUGUGUUUCUCGGAUACUCUCUGAUCGACUGCGUGGUCGCUGGUCAGAUCUUGUCUGGAGUGUCGGAUAACAACAUGUCGGUCGUGGUUGGCAUUAUCGUUGUCGCUCUCAUCACAUGGGUCAUUACCACCUUCGGAUAUCAAGUUUUCCACUACUACGAAAGAUACGCCUGGCUUUCCCAGCUUAUCAUCCUCAGCAUGCUUGCUGGAGUCGCGGGACCGAACUUCAACAUAGCUUCCGCGUCGCUCGUUUCCGGUGAUACUUUAGCCGCCAACCGCCUCUCGUUCUUUGGCCUCACACUUGCUGCGGCCAUUACCUACAGCGGAGGAGCUGCAGAUCUGUUCGUCUAUUAUCCUGAGCACACCGCUGGGUGGAAAAUAUUCACUGUGACAAUGCUUGGGCUCACAUCCAGCUUCACCUUUGCCUUCAUCCUCGGUAUUGGUCUAGCCAGCGGCAUGUCGACGAUGCCCUCCUGGGAAGCCUCUUACAGCAUCUCGCAAGGCGCCCUCAUCGUCGAAGGCUUCAAGCCCCUUGGAAGCUUUGGUAGCUUUUGCAGCGUUCUUGUAGCCUUAGGUCUGGUGCAGAACUUGAUCGUUCCGACUUAUGCUUCCGGCAUCGACGCUCAGGUUCUCGGACGCUGGGCUAGUUUGGUACCACGAGUGGUCUGGAACACCGUAGGUGUCAUCAUCUACACAGUGUGUGCCCUUGCAGGACGCAGUCAUUUGGCUGAGAUCUUCACCAACUUCCUCGCGCUAAUGGGUUACUGGGUGUCUAUCUGGAUAGCUAUCAUUCUGGAAGAGCAUUUAAUCUUCAGGCGAACCACAGGGUUCAAUUGGCAGAUCUGGAACGUCAGGAAGAAGCUCCCGGUCGGCAUUGCCGCUAUAAUAGCGUUCAUUGUGGGCUGGGUUGGAGCCAUCCUAUGCAUGGCGCAGGUGUGGUAUAUUGGUCCGAUUGCAAAGCACCUGGGCGAUUACGGUGCUGAUAUGGGCAACUAUGUCGGGUUUGCUUGGGCCGCGGUCAUCUACCCACCGAUCCGCUUCUGGGAGCUCAAGAGAUUCGGAAGAUAG